CAAAUGAAGGCAUAUAAAUAAAUAUUUUAAAUGAGGUAUAUGUAAGUGCUGCCAAGACCAAGUGUGGGUGUAUAAGUCCAAAUUAGGUAUUUAUUAAGGUGCAGUAACAGCCCAAGCAGGCAAUAGUAAUCCCAUAAACUCCGAAAACACAAAUGGCGUCAUCAUCGGCAAUCACGGGAUGGUACGGGCCUCUGAUCGACCUCUGCAACGCCUCCGCUCACGUCGACGACUUCGUGCAGCUCCUCGUCUUCGUCCGCUCCUCUCAACCUCAGCCUCGCCCUCUUAAGAGAGAUGAUGCUUCCAACAACGGAGGCACAUUGUUAAAGACAAAUAUUCAGGUUGGUGAUGAUACAAUGUCGUAUUUCUCUGUAUCUGUUUGGCAGAAGUAUAUGGGAUCUAUGGUUGUUGCUGGUGACAUCAUACUGCUACAAAAUGUUAAGAUUGUAGAAUUUAGAAAUCUCUUGGAAGCUGCAACGGUCCAUAUUUCUUCACUGUUGGUUUUGGUACACAGUUGCGAGUUACAUGCCUGUAAAGCCAUUGAUGAGUUAGUGACACAUGGCCAAUUAGGGGAGAGAGCUAGAGCAAAAUUAGAGAGGGUAGUAAACUGGGUACAACAUACGGAAUCUGCACUUCAGCAUGUUCAGAAAGAGGAUUUAUGCCAAAAGAAAGAAAAAGCAAUCAAGAACUGGAAGGCAUGUGAAGGAAUGAAGUCUAUGGAUUGUUUAUCAAUAUCUGAAGCAUUGCAAAUAGCUAUCACAUGUAAUACCAAGUUUCACGCCUACAUUGCUGAAAUGUUUACGCCAUUUAUCUCAAAAUCAAAUGAAUACAAGGAUGAACAACUAUUUGUCAGCAAGAGAUUGUCCGCGAUGGUCAAAACUAAUAUUGUAGAAGAUUUGAUAUCUAAAGGUUGCAGACUAUGUGGCUCACCAAUUGAUUCUAGGUCUGUACCAGAGCAGGUCAAACUUCCUCUGUACUGUAAGAAAGGUUCCAACUAUCAUCAUGAUAUUUCCAUGAUAUACAGACCAUUCAUGUCGCUGCAUGAUGAAAGUUGCUUAUCGGAUCCUGUCUACCUAACCAACACCAAACUUUGCCAAGGCAAGAUUCUCCACAGAGGCAAUGGACUAUAAUACUGGAAGAGUAACAUUAUUCGAAAGGCAACUAUACAUUUUCAGGUCAUGGUGAAAUGGGGAGCUUUCGACCAUUAGAAAUGAGAGAGGCAGAGAAAAGAGACGUUUUUCCUUGUUAAUGGCUACAUUAUCAACUCACUUUACACACUUCCAGAGAUCAAUAUCUUGAAGUUUCUCUAACUUAAUAGCUUAUUAUCUUCCAUCAGCCUUCCAGCAAAUAUUCCAAUGAAUUAUUCUCAUAUCACUUGUGCGUUUUGUCUACUUUUGAAAUUUAAAUAUCUUUAAUGUCCUUUCUUUUUCCUCCUCCUUCUUCAUCCUUGCUUCUAAUAAAUCCUAGCCCUGAAGAAAUUACACUAAUUGCUUCUUAUUCCUCUACGAGUACCAAUCAUCUCCUCCAGCUCUCGUACAUUGGCACCAAUUAGAGACACAUCCAUCUUCUCCUCCUCAGUUCCUUAUUGUUUAAAGAAGUGUCACUUUUUGAGAAAAGCAGAAAUGUGGUGAAUUUUUUGCUUCUUUAUUAUUGUUGUGUAGUAGUCAAUUCCAUUUGAAAGUUUCAGAUAUUUAUCUGUAGAAAAUUAGCUCGAUAGUCUGUGCAAAGGA